CCGAGACGCAGACAUGCACACACCACCCGCACUCCCUCGCCGUUUCCAAGGCGGCGGCCGCGUUCGCACCCCAGGGUCUCACCGGCAAGGGAAGGAUAAUCUGGAGAGGGAUCCCUCAGGAGGGUGUGUUCCGGAUUUCUUGCCUCAGGCCCAAGACUCCAACCAUUUUAUAAUGGAAUCUUUAUUUUGUGAAAGUAGCGGGGACUCAUCUCUGGAGAAGGAGUUCCUUGGGGCCCCGGUGGGGCCCUCGGUGAGCACCCCCAACAGCCAGCACUCUUCUCCCAGCCGCUCACUCAGUGCCAACUCCAUCAAGGUGGAGAUGUACAGCGAUGAAGAGUCCAGCCGACUGCUGGGGCCAGAUGAGCGGCUCCUGGAAAAGGAUGAUAGUGUGAUUGUGGAAGACUCGUUGUCAGAGCCCUUGGGCUACUGCGAUGGGAGCGGACCGGAGCCCCACUCUCCAGGAGGCAUCCGGCUGCCCAACGGCAAGCUCAAAUGUGAUGUCUGUGGCAUGGUCUGUAUUGGACCCAACGUGCUCAUGGUGCACAAACGCAGCCACACGGGAGAAAGGCCCUUCCACUGCAACCAGUGUGGGGCCUCCUUUACGCAGAAGGGGAAUCUGCUGCGCCACAUCAAGCUACACUCUGGGGAGAAGCCCUUCAAAUGCCCCUUUUGCAACUACGCCUGCCGGCGGAGGGACGCACUCACGGGCCACCUCCGCACACACUCAGUCUCCUCUCCCACGGUGGGCAAACCUUACAAGUGUAACUACUGUGGCCGCAGCUACAAGCAGCAGAGCACUCUGGAGGAGCACAAGGAACGCUGUCACAACUACCUGCAGAGUCUCAGCACUGACGCGCAAGCCUUGGCCGGGCAGCCAGGUGAUGAGAUCCGUGACCUGGAAAUGGUGCCAGACUCCAUGCUGCACUCGUCAUCGGAGCGGCCAACGUUCAUUGAUCGUCUGGCCAACAGCCUCACCAAACGCAAGCGUUCCACCCCCCAGAAGUUUGUAGGUGACAAGCAGAUGCGCUUCAGCCUCUCGGACCUUCCCUACGAUGUGAACUCGGGUGGCUAUGAGAAGGAUGUGGAGCUGGUGGCCCACCACGGCCUGGAGCCUGGCUUCGGAGGGUCUCUGGCCUUCGUGGGUACGGAGCAUCUGCGUCCCCUCCGCCUGCCACCCACCAACUGCAUCUCAGAACUCACACCAGUCAUCAGCUCCGUCUACACCCAGAUGCAACCCCUUCCCAGCCGCCUGGAGCUUCCAGGCUCCCGAGAAGCAGGUGAGGGACCCGAGGACCUGGCCGAUGGGGGUCCCCUCCUCUACCGGGCCCGGGGCCCCCUGGCUGAUCCUGGCGCCUCCCCCAGCAAUGGCUGCCAGGACUCCACAGACACAGACAGCAACCAUGAAGAUCGGGUUGGAGGGGUGGUGCCUCUCCCUCAGGGUCCCCCACCCCAGCCCCCACCCACCAUUGUGGUGGGCCGGCACAGUCCUGCCUACGCCAAAGAGGACCCCAAGCCACAGGAGGGGUUACUACGGGGCACCCCAGGCCCCUCCAAGGAAGUGCUUCGGGUGGUGGGUGAGAGUGGUGAGCCUGUGAAGGCCUUCAAGUGUGAGCACUGCCGUAUCCUCUUCCUGGACCAUGUCAUGUUCACCAUCCACAUGGGCUGCCACGGCUUCAGAGAUCCCUUCGAGUGCAACAUCUGCGGCUACCACAGCCAGGAUCGGUACGAGUUCUCCUCCCACAUCGUGCGGGGAGAGCACAAGGUGGGCUAGGGACCUGCCCGCAGCCCGCCACUCCACUGCCCCACCUAAUGGUGUCUAGCCCUGUUUUCCCCCACUGCAUCCCAAGGAGCUUUGCUUUGUAGCCCCUCACCACUGGCUACCUGACUUCACACCUGACCCUGACCCCAGCUCUCACUUCCUCCUCGACUCUGACGUCUGUAAGCAUUGUGACGACACAGGUCUCUUGCUUAGAUCUCCCCUUCCCUCUCCUCGCAGCAGAUAUGCUGAGCUCUUUCUCAUUUGGUUGGCUUCUUCUCUGCCUUGUAUUGGCACUUGUUUGCCACGCCCUCACCCUCCUGGCCACCACACCCUUCCUCUUCAGACUGUUUGGGUUUUUUUUUUUUUUUCCACCUGGCUGACCCAGCCUUCUCCCUAGGCCCCAUGGGCAGGAAGCUCCUCUCUUGAGCCUCUUGUCAGUUUCCACCCUGCACAUUCUGAUUCUUCCUUCUCUCUCUCUCUCUCUCUCUCUCUCUCUCUCUCUCUCUCUCUCGGGCCCUCCCUCAGCUCUGUGGCAUUAUAAUCUCCUCUCUGGGACCCUCCAGCCUGGGACUCCAUACCUCUUGUGCCCUCUCACUUUAGGCAGCUUGCACUAUUCUUGAGUGAAUGAAGAAUUUCCUCCCAGUUUCAGUUGAAGGGGGUUGAAUAACUUCUCCCCAGACACUGUGGGACUGCAGGUCCUCCUGCCAGUCCUUCCUAGAAUGAGUUCCACAAAACCUGCCUUCAGGUCUCCCUCUAGGAUGUGACAGCCCCUUCCCUCACCUCCAGUGAACCCCCAGCAUGGCUCCCAUCUCUUCAACUGCCAGUCUUUACGGUGGCGGCUUUUCUCUCCUUGGAGUGCCCCAAAUGUAUCUCCUCAGGGGCCAAGGGUAGGCCUGCAGCCCUCUGUCUUGGACACAUUGGGAGCCACAGGUGCCUAGCUGGGAACCAGGGCAUAGGAAGGGGGGCCACAGUGCUCUCUCCUGCACCUCUCAAAUUUCUUCAGUCUUGCGACUUCCCUAAAGGCUCUCAGGGACUCCUUCAGUCCCCAUUCUAUGAGAAAUUAGCAGAUUGCUUGCUGCCUGCUGACCAGGGGGUGUCUUGUGUCUCGGCCCCUUAGGUCACAUGCCUUCUCCCGCUCCCUCCCUGCAGGAGUCCCCCCACAUGUCACCAGGUUCCUGGGCCCUGUCCUUGUUGCCCCAGGCAGGUGUGUCCUUUCUCUCUCCUGAUUUUCAGUGUAACCAAAAAUUAUCCCAUGAUGAGCAAGGGCUUGCAUUCCCCCCAGCCCACAUCCCCCUUCCUUGUUCCAGCACGAAUGGGAUGGGCACAACAGAAUCCAGGGUGGACAUUCACUGCCCACAUCCAUGCUCAGCUCUCAGACACAGGGCAAGAGGGGGUGCUCCUCCCACCCCUAGCCCCGCCCUGGCGACUGCAGAGAACCCCACUUAGUUGGGAAAGUUGGUACUGGUGAGAAGGGGCAGGAGCAGCCCCAGCUCCGCUGCAAGUGGCAGCCUUUCUCCAGGAGCUCCCUGCCCAGGGCCACAGCCAUCCCACUCUCUGCUUCCUUGAGAUUCAAACCAAAGGCUGUUUUUCUAUGUUUAAAGAAAGAAAAAAGAAAAAAAAAAAGUAAAAACCAAACACAACACCUCACAAGUUGUAACUCUUGCUCCUUCUCCUUUCCUUCCCUCCCUUUCCCCUCAAUUUUUCUUUCCAUUUAUCCUAUCCUAUCUGUAUUGGCUCUUUUUGCCUCCAGCUUUUCUCACUCCCUAUCAGGGAUUUUGGGGAGAAGGGAUGGUAAGGGGUGGGCUAAGGACCAGACCCUGGAAUUGGGACUCCAAAGGGCUCCGGGAAGGGCCCACCUCACUCUGUCAUGGGAAGGAAAAUAAGCUUUUCCUCUCUCCCUUUUUUCUUCUCUGUUCCCUGGUUUCCCGGACAGAACCAGGUUGGCAGGAAGAGGCAUUGGGGGGAGCGGGGGAGCUGCUCCUCCUCAACAGUGUAGCAAUAAACAGGUGCUGCUGAGGGCAGAGACUGAGGUGGAAGACCUGAGCUGGGAGGAGGACGGCCUCUGGAGUGGGCAGGGUCCUCUCCACAACACCCCAGGGUGCCAGCUCUCCAUCUGAGGACAGCAGUAGAGCUGAGGCUAGUGUGGGGCUUGUCCUGGACCCUGGUUGUUGAGCCCCUUGCUGUUAGACCUGGCUCCCCACCUGUUCUGUUAUGUAUCUGGUGACACCUCAUAAGGACUAGUCCCUUCGGGGCAUCAGAGCCUUAGGCUUCUCCACACCCCUCCCCUUCCCCUCCCAUAGUCAGCUCUGGCACCUGCAGCCUCCCGGGACAUGAAGGACUAUGCUCUGAGGCUAGACUCUGUGCCCAUGAGAGCAGAGACUGGAAGGGCAAGACCAGGUGCUAUGGAGGGGAGCGUGAACCAGCGAACUCCCCCGUCUCUCUCCAGACCAUCACUGCACUUUAACCAGGGUCUUAGGUACAAAAUCCUACUCUUCAGAGCCUGCCAGCUCUGCGACCUCAAACACCCUCAUGCUUUCUCCCAGCUCCUUUUGCAUUUUAAAAAC